AUGGGAGAGCAGCGGGCAGGGGGGCAGCUGAGGGUGCACGGAGCACCCCAUGGAGGGCAGCAGGCAGGGGGGCAGCUGAGGGUGCCCGGAGCACCCCAGGGAGAGCAGCAGGCAGGAGGGCAGCCGGGGGUGCCCGGAGCACCCCAGGGAGAGCAGCAGGCAGGAGGGCAGCCGGGGGUGCCCGAAGCACCCCAGGGAGAGCAGCAGGCAGGAGGGCAGCCGGGGGCGACCAAGACACCCCAGGGAGGGCAGCAGGCUGGGGGACAGCAAGAGCUGGCCAGAGGGCAACAGGCGUUGGCGGCAGAGAUGGAGGUGGAGCAGGGGCCCGGGCGGCACAGGCCAAGCCAAAGGGUCGCGGGCACGGCGCCGAAGGGGGCGACGACAGGGAGGGUAGCGGGAUGGGGGCCAGCCGGGGGUGACCCGGGCACCCCAGGGAGAGCAGCAACCAGAGGGGCAGCCGGGGGUGACCGGGGCACCCCAGAGAGCGAAGCAGCCAGGGGGGCAGCCGGGGGUGACUGGAGCACUCCAGGGAGCGCAGCAGCCAGGAGGGCAGCCGGGGGUGACCGGGGCACCCCAGGGAGAGCAGCAGGCAGGGGGGUAGCUAAAACGGCAGGAGCACCCCAGGGAGGGCAGCAGGCAGGGGGGCAGCUGGGGGCGGCAGGAGCACCCCAGACAGAGCAGCAGCCAGGGGUGACCCGAGCGCCCCAGGGAGAGCAGCAGCCAGGGGGCCAGCCGAGGGUGACCGGAGCACCCCAGGGAGAGCAGCAGCUAGGGGGCCAGCCGGGGGUGACCGGGACACCCCAGGGAGCGCAGCAGUCAGGGGGUCAGCCGGGGGUGACCCGAGCACCUAGGGGAGCGCAGCAGCCAGGGGGGCAGCCGGAGGUGACCCGAACACCCCAGGGAGAGCAGCAGCCAGGGGGGCCGCCGGGGGCGGCCGGAGCACCCCAGAGAGAGCAGCAGGCAGGGGGGCAGCCGGGGUUGACCGGAUCACCCCAGGGAGAGCAGCAGCCAGGGGGGCAGCCGAGGGUAACCGGAGCACCCCAGGGAGCGGAGCAGCCAGGGGGGCAGCCGAGGGUGACCGGGGCACCCCAGGGAGCGCAGCAGUCAGGGGGGCAGCCGGGGGUGACCCGAGCACCGCAGGGACAGCAGCAGACAUGGGGGCAGCCGGCGGCGACCGGAGCAUCCCAGAGAGAGCAGCAGCAAGGGGGGCAGUCGGGGGUGAUCGGAGCACCUCAGGAAGAGCAGCAGCCAGGGGGGCAGCCGGGGGUGACCGGACCACCCCAGGGAACGCAGCGGCCAGGUGGGCAGCCAGGUGUGAGUGGUGGACCCCAGGAAGAGCAGCGGCCAGGGGGGGAGCUGAUGGACGACCUGGAGCAGCAAAUGGUGGAGUGGAGCCGACUUUUGGAGUUAGAUACUCCCAUGGCGAUUGCGGAGGAGCCAGGGGCAGACGGAGAGCAUCCCAGACCACCUUCCCCAUGGCCCCGUUUUCCGUGUGACACGUGUUUUCAUACGUUCGCUACGCGAGGGGCUGCUGCGAACCACAUGAGGGUAUGCAGGGCGGCUGAGGCGAAGAGGCGCGCGCAGGCACUUGGCUCGAUCCCGUCCCUGGUGGAGACCGAUACGCAGGAGAGACCGACGCCACGGGACUUUGGGGACGAGGCGUGGGCCAGGGUUACGUCAUGGGAGUGGGAAGCAUUUUUCAGUGUGGAGGCGGUUGGAGGGAGGACAGUGCGCCGGAUCCCACAGCGGGCCCGGCAUUGGUCAGAAGGCGCUGAUAAUAGAGCGGUUGGGGGCGUUCUAGGAGGGGAGGUGGCGGAAGCUGUUCGUGCCAUGGCAGCGGCGCGGCCAGCAGUUCGCCCACUCGCCUACGCUUGCUCUGACCAGGACCCGGAUGCCAUCCGCCUGUCACGGUGCCGAGCUCGAUGUAAAGUGGGAGAGUGGAGUCGUGGAUUGGCUUGCCUUACAGCAGGAGAGUUGGCUCGACCGUCUGAGGCCAUGGUGCAGUCGCUGCAAGAGAAGCACCCUGCUAGCUCUGGCGAGGUACCACAGUGGGUCCGUGAUUUCACCGUCGAUGCUCCUCAGUGGCCUCCACUGACGACCGACGUCCUGGCCAGAGCCAUUCAUACAGCCGCUCACGCUUCAGCAGCAGGGCCAUCGGGGUGGGUCACAGAGCAUCUGCGCGACACCUUCCACACUCAACCUUCCUGCCUUCCCCACCUGUUGGAGGUGUUCAACCAAUGGGUGGCAGGACAGGUCCCCGAGCGGGCUCGGCCCUGGCUCGCCGCAUCCAACCUAGUUGGGCUUUCCAAGCCUAACAGCGACGUUCGGCCGGUGGCGAUUGGGGAGGUGCUUCCGCGUAUCCUUGCUCGAGCUCUUUGCAUCUCGCUUUGCCCUGCGAUGGCUUCCUACUUUCUGCCGUGCAACCAGCUGGGAGCGGGCACCAGGGGGGACCCGCUCGGCCCUUUUCUUUUUGCGUUCACGCAGCAGCAGAUGAUGGAGUCGGUGAUUAGAGAGUUCAGGGACAUACUUUUCCUCAGUUAUGCGGACGAUACCUAUAUCCUGGGACCAGCGGCUAGGAUCUUAGAGGCUUUUGGGGUGCUGCGGGAGCGGUUGGAGUGGGUGGGGCUGGAGGUGCAGGCACACAAGUGCCGGUUUUGGGAGCGGGAAGGCAGGGAUGUGGAGCGGGCACUGCCAUUGGGGAUGCAGCGGGUGGAGGAGGGUCUCACUCUGGUGGGCGUACCUAUUGGGGAGGAGGAUUGGGAGUUGGGGGUGGCGGAGGAGGAGGCGAUGUUUGCAGAGUACCUCACCACCUCGGGAGGGGCGGAGUUUCUUGAUCCUUGGUUUGCCAAGGCUAUUGAGCAGCUGCCAGCGACUAUACACCAGGAGAUGCUGGGCUUACCUCUGUGUGCAGCGGCUCCUCCUCUUCGACUUUUCCAGGUGCGGCAGCGGCAGUUGGCUGUAGAGGAGCUCCAGGCACUGCACCGCUCGGCUCAUGACGAUGCCACCCUGGCCUGUUUCACACCCCUUCAGGGCCCGGGGGCUGGUGCAUGGAUUUCGGCGGUCUCGGCUCACUCAGAUCUCACAUUCACUGCGGCAGAGUGGGGCAUUGCUACUGCUAUAAGGCUCGGGCUCCCAAUUCAGCAGCUGCAGGUUGCGAGAAGGUGUGUUUGUGGCACAACGUAUGUCGGCCCAGCAGACCCGCAUCAUGCCUUGAGAUGCAAGCACCAGCACGGUCCAUCUCGGGUGCAUGAUGAGGUGAAAAUUGCAUUGGCGAGGAUCUCUAAGGCGUCAGGGGGGGUGGUGACGAUGGAGGAUAGUGUGGUGCUGCCGGGGAAGUGGGGUGACGUAGCGGUACUACGACCAAUGGCCGGGGAGGCUCACGCUCUAGAGAUCAGCGUCGCGGACCCGCUAUUGCUGUCUCCAUCUCUGCUAGGGCAGUGCGGUCGUUCUAUUGGUGUGGCGGCAAAGGAAUGGGAGCGUCGCAAAACGAGUGAUUACGCGCCUCUGGUUGCACGCAACCGGGGCCGUUACAACGGGCGCAAGCUCGUGUCAUCCUGCUUCGGGCGGCGCCUUCUAUGGGGGGGGGUGAAUGUGGACUUGGUGGACCGGGAGAAGGACGACGUCAAGGAGGAGGGCGGGGCUCUUUGGGUGGAGGCCCCGUAUAUGUGGGACCAAUACGACAAAGUGUACGAGAUUGAGUGGGACUUCUCAAACCUUGAUGAGGCGUUUGAUGAGGGCGGCCCGCUGCACGACAAGCGCGUCUACCUCUUUGGAUGCACAGAGCCGCAGCUGGUGCACUGGAAGGGCAAGGACAAGGUCGUGCACGUGCCAGCUGUCGUCGCGGUACGUGCAUGGCUUGGCCUUGACGCUCAAAAUAAAGAAUUAGCCAUAGAGACGGGUGUUGUCACCAUUCGCCCCGUCCGACAAGCUGGGCAUCAAGUCGGUGCAGAUGGAGACAGAGAUGAUCGUGCCAAGUGCUUAUCAACUGCCUCCCACCUCUUUUCACCGCUCUCCACCGCUCUCCACCAGGUGUUGUCACCAUUCGCCCCGUCAGACAAGCUGGGCAUCAAGUCAGUGCAGAUGGAGACCGAGAUGAUCGUGCCGAUGCGCGAGAUGAAGAUGGACUGGAUCCCCUUCAUACCCGAUACCACUGGCCGGGGGUCGGACCUAAGGCGGCACCGGUCGAACAUCUUCACUCUCAAGUGCAUACAACGCAGGCAUCUUCCUCCCCCACAUGCGGGAGGAGCACGACGCGGACACGCUCGUGUCUCUCAUGUAAACCCAUCAGUCUUUGAUCUCUCCCCUCCCUCACUUCCCCCCUUUUUCCACUCUUCCUUCCCUCCCCGCCUCCCGCCAGACAACUUCCUCCCCGCACAUGCAGGAGGGGCCAGCAGGAUGUGGGUGGCCAUGGUCGCCCCAGAGGAGCAGCAGGGGGACACGGUCGUCCCACUCUGUCCUGUCCCCCAGACCCACCCCUCCCUCCACAUCCUGCUCUCCACUUAUCCCCCCACCCCCCCCCAACACUCGUGCUCGCACACACGCCGUCAGACAUCUUCCUACCGCACAUGCAGGAGGAGCAGGAGUGGACACACAGUGAGUCCGCGUGCUCUCACCUUCCCUAUUCCCUCACCCCUCCCCCCGUCAUACAUCUUCCUACCGCACAUGCAGGAGGAGCAGGAGGUGGACACAGUGGUGUCCAUCAUGUACCCCUUUGAAGGAGACAACCCACCUCCCCCGGUAACCACCUCCCUCCUCUUUCGUUUGCCCUUGGGACACACUCUCUUACACUCUCUGUCUCGCACACUCUUGCCCACCCCCUGGCAGCUGCUGGCGGAGUAUGACUGGGAGAUGGACGAGUACGAGGAGUUCACAGACAACCUGGUCAAGGACGAGUCGCUACCAGAAGCGGAGAAGGCCAAGUUCAUUGAGUAUGUGAAGAAAGAGGUGAAAGAGGCCAAGCUUAAGGCAAAGAAGAAGCGGGAGGAGCGCAAGAAGGCGAUAGAGGACAUGGGGGAGGAGCGCCUGGAGGCGCUCAAGAACCUCAAAUUCCUCAAGUUCUACCCCAAACAGACAUUCGUCGCGGUGCUGGUGGCCGUUGUCUACGCAGACCACGACGACCCGGAAUUAACCAACACCUUCACGGCGAAGCUGAUUGGCGCCAACGAGGUUCCCAAGAAUGACUCCGAAGCUGCCAGGAAGGCCGUAGGUGACAAAAGCGGCGUGGUGCAAAUGAAGCUCGACUUCUACAAGAAGGAGGGCAACCUGAUGUGGGUGGAGUACUCAGUGAAGGCGUCGAAGUUGGAGGGCGAGAUGCCGCCCACCAAGACGCACAUCCACCCGGGGAAGAAGGGCGAGAACAACCCCGUGCUGCUGGACCUGCCCUGCAAGUACAAGCAGACCAGCGCCUCCGAGUGGCUCUGUGAGGGCGCCAUGUGGGAGGACAAGUGGCUCUCGAAAUCGGAGGUGGCGAUUUUCACCAAGAUCGGAAAGCACCCCACAGCGUUCUACGGGAAUAUCCACACCAAGAAGUACCCCGAUGGCGCCGUGCGUGGCCAGUUCUCCAGGAACGGGCUCGUUACCGUGCGGUGGGAGGCGCACAUGGCGGCCGUGCAGCGCGACUUGCGGCGCGUCCGACGCGGGAACAGGCGGCUGCAGAGCGGCGACGACGAGGAGGAGGUCGUGUUCGGACUCGUCGGCAACGCGGACCCGCAGAUAGCAGGUCUGUACUUUGCGUCGGUGGCGUUGGGCUCCCCCCCGCAGUUGUUCAACGUGCAGGUGGACACGGGCAGCGACUUGCUCUGGGUUGCGUGCCAGCCGUGCCUCAAAUGCGCCACGCGCUCGCAAGUCGCGCCGUUGAGCCCGCCGUUCAACGCGUCGCAAUCCUCCUCCAAUCACCUCCUCCCGUGCGCGACGCGACAGUGUCCGCGCUACCACCUCUCCGACAACGUCCUGCGCGGCUGCCCGUCGCCGGCUGUCGCGACGGCGGCCGCCGUGCCGGCCUCCACGUGUCUGUACAUGCUGCGCUACGCGGACGGCAGUGCGUCGGUCGGCGUGCUCAUGCGCGACGUGCUGCACCUGCCGUGGACACCCAGCGAGCAACCCGUGGGACCCGGGGGGGGUGGGACAGGAGAAAGUGGGCCCGAGGGGAAUGGGAGAAGCGGGGACUUACCGUCGACCGCCAGCGAGCCCUUGGGAGGGGGAGGGGGGGGAGUGGCUGGGGUGGCGAGGACGAGUGGUAACCAGGUGCCUGGCGAGAGUAACGAGAGUAGCGAGAGUAGUAACCUCAACAUUGUGGAGCCGCGGAGAAUUGGGCAGGAAGUGGCGGCUCAACGCGCGGCCCCAGCGAGCGGUGGCGGCGGGGCUGUUGAUAACGCGGAUGAAGGACAGAGAAGCAGCACGGCUGCUUAUAGCGGGGAUGAAACUCAGGGAAGCAGCGCGAACGCGUCCGCGAACGGCACCAAGUACCGGCCGGUCGUGACGUUCGGGUGCGGGUUCAACCAGUCCGGCAAUCUUUUAGACGGCCCGCUGACGGUCGACGGCGUGAUGGGGCUGGGCCGUGGCGCGUCGUCGCUGCUGGCGCAGCUCGGCGCGCAGCACGCGCUGCCGCACGCGUUCGCGCACUGCCUGGGCGGGCCGGAGGGCGGCGGCGCGCUUUUUCUCGGGCGCGUGUCGUCCGCGGGCGCGCUGAGCGGCGUGCGGGGCGUGUGGCAGCAAACGGCGCUGUGGGACAAACCCGACAGGUAUGCCCCUCGUUCUGAAGGCCGUGCGGUUCGUGCGGGUGGGGGGCGUGGUGGGGGGUGGGGGGUGUGCGGGGCGUGCAGCAGACGGAGCUGUGGGACAAACCCGACGGGUGGCCGCCUGGUCUCGGCUUCUCACUCUCACCCACUCACACUCUCACCCACUCUCACUCUCCCACUCACACUCUCACCCAUUCUCACUCUCUCCCGCUCUCUGCCUGCUACUCGUGUCCUCCCCUUCUUUCUCUCUCCCCUCGCUCUCAUCGCAUCCACCAUGCCGCCCUACUCCAGCCCUGCCACUCGUGCAUUCCCCCUUCACGAAGUUCAGAAUUCGACUUGGCUGGCAUCGCCAUCGCUGGUGGCCCCAUCGCCUGGCAACCCCACGCAGUGCAUGAUCGCCCUGGCAGGCAUAGCCAUCGCUGGUGUGCCCAUCUCCCGCCCUCUGUCUGCUACUCCUUUCCCCCCCUUCUCUCUUUCUCCCGCCACAUCGCAUCAUCCAUGCCACCCUACUCCAUCCCUGGCCCUUGCACGGGUAUGCAAUCGGCCAUCGUAUCUUAUCACCCGAGCCGGUUAUGUGGCUGAUGCAUCCAUGUACCACGCACGCGUACGCAAUCGGCCGGGCAAUUCAUCGUCAUCCCCUGGCAGCUGUCUCCUCCAUCCCCUCGGCACCCGUAUCACCCUCUCUCCCUUCCUCUCCCCUUUCCCCUCCGCUCUCUCCCCCGUCUCGCAUUGCAGCACACAAUACAUGAUCGGCCUGGCAGGCAUCGCCGUCGCUGGUGUGCCCAUUGCGUGGCAACCCACAGUCGUCGCUGCCAUCCCUUCUUCUGCCGCUGCUGCUGCUGCUGCCGCCCAAACCACCUCCUCGCUUGCUGCGCCAGCAGGCAAUGCCACAGGCUCGGCAGCGGCAGGGAUGGUGCCGUGCGUUACCAGUAGAGAGAUGGACGCGCGCCGUGCGUCCUUGCUCUGCGACUUGCAGGUUGACUCGGAAUCGUUUGAGAAUCCUCAGAAUGAACAACUGUGCAUCACUGCACCAUGGCUGCUCCCUCUGUGGGCACUGCUUGCCUGCUCACUCAUCGCCUCGACGCUCUUCCUUCCCCCUACCCCCGAUGCCUUCUCCCCUUCCUCCUUCCCCCUUGCCUUUUUCCUCGCCCCCUUACCUUGCCCCUUUCCCCGCCCCCUUACCUUGCCUUUUUCCCCGCCCCCUUACCUUGCCUUUUUCCCUGCCCCCUUACCUUGCCUCUUUCCCCGCCCCCUUACCUUGCCUCUUUCCACGCCCCCUUACCUUGCCUCUUUCCCCGCCCCCUUCCCCCCCUGCCCCCCCCCCCCCCCCCCCCCCCCCCCCCCCCCCCCCGACCCUUUACCGUUCCGCCAGUUGGUGCAAGCCAUGCUGGUGCAAGCCAUCGACUUGCCGCUGCUCGCCUUCGCGCAGACAGAGGGCCACUUCUGCUACAACCUGGGCGACGGCCGGCUCCCCUGGCCCCGCGCGCGCUACCUGUUCCCGGACCUGACUCUGACGUUCGGCACCGGGGCUCGCAUGGUGCUGCCGCCCGAAAACUACAUCCUGCUGCUCGCCACCACUGCUGGCUUCGAGGUGCCAUGCAUUGCGUGGCAGAGCGCCGGCCCCGACUCCUCCCUCGCUGUGCUGGGCGACCUAGCGCUGCGCAAUCUGCUGGUGGAGUUUGACGUGGAGGCCAACACCGUUCGCUGGCUGCCCUCCCAGUCUUGCGCUGCUUGCACCUUCUCCCACAUCUUCUUGAGACUAUCAGCUUGUGCAAGUCCCACUACUAUGCCCCACUCCUUUCCCCUACAUGGCCCCACCUAUCUCAUGUAUGUACACUUACCUCCCUACCACCUAUCCCCCUCCCCGAUCACCUGCCGUGCUGCAGGCUCCCAGAUCCUGCACGCUGCACAGACCACAGACCCCAUUGAUGCUGCUGCUGCCGCAGCAGACACAGCAGCAGCAGCUGCAGAAGCCUUCCCGGAGAGCUCUGAUUGGCUCGCCUCUCUCAUCCCGGGCCUGGCUGGAAGCGCCAACAGAGUCAACCCGAACCAAGGAGGCCUGUUACCGGACCUGAAUGUCCCAGGCGCCAAUCUUCCCUCACAAAACGCAGCACUAAGUGGGGGAUCGAAUGGCGUAAACCCCUCUUUGAAUCCUGCCGCAAACGGUUUGUCUGGUAAUGAUCCAAAUGGCAAUGGCGGCCUGUUGAACUUGAUGGAUGGUGGGUCCGGUGCGGGUGGCAGGGCGCCGCUUGUGCUUCCAUACAGUGCUGCCUCGUCAUCUAUGGGUCAAACGUCCCGCGCGUGCCAGCACAUGGCGGUGAGGUUCCGACCUCGUCUGUGGCGCAGACGCGGUAGCGGCGAAAGAGCAUCCGGAGACUCGUCCACGGAUGCUCUCGCGCCGGCGGAAGCCAGACUAAUAGGCGGCGAAGCAGACACGAAGCUUCGCGACGAGAAGUCUGCGGCGAGGGCGCGGUCGCUGCGCCUGUGGGGGCUGGUGCUGCUCGCGGGAGUCACCAUCGGCGCGCUCUCAUGGCUUCUCGCUACCGUCAUUGUCGAAUUCUUCGAAGUCCUCUACGCUCUCAACGACACGCUCUUAGGCGCGCACGCCACGGCGCGCGUUCCCUUCUCCCGCGUGUUCGUCGCGUCGCUCCUCAUGGCCCUCGUCCAAGCCGCGCUCGUCGGCCUGGCGGCCGUUCUAACGGUCAACGUCGCGCCGCUCGCGAACGGCUCGGGCGUCCCCGAGAUAAAGGGAUUCCUUAACGGAAACAGCAUACCAGGGUUCUUUGAGCUGCGCACAACAGUCGUCAAGUUUCUCGGGCUGCUGCUCGUCGUCGCGGCGGGCAUGCCCGUCGGCCGCGAGGGGCCCAUGGCGCACAUCGGCGCGGGGAUCGCCGUUGCGCUCGUGCACCUCCCGCUCAUCGGCCUGCACGCGCACGCGAGCGCGCGCGGAAAGAAGCGUGUGGAUAGCAAGCCGCGGAGAGAAACAGGCCGCGCGCGCGGGGGAAAGUCCAGCGCGAGCAGCGGCAGCGGGGGGCAUCACGGCGGCGCGGCGGUGGCGUGGAUGGACCGCGACGAGCAGCGCGCGUUCGUGACGUACGGCGGCGCAGCGGGCGUGGCAGCGGCGUUCAAAGCACCAAUCGGCGGAGUGCUGUUCAUGUUCGAAGAGGUCUCCUCUUUCUGGUCCACCGAAGCCACCUUCAAAUCGUUCGUCUCCGCCACUAUAAGCACACUCGUUAUAGUCCUCCUCGUCGAGGCCAUGGCCGGUAUAGUCACAUACGAAGCCUUCCUUUUAUUCGUCCUAAACCCAGUUACCAUAUCCUGGACGGCCAAGGACGUAGGACCAUUCCUCGUGCUAGGCGUUGUAGGAGGGCUGCUCAGUCGCCUUUACACUGUACUGUCGCUCAAGGUGCUGAGAGCGAGACGGACGGAGACGUGGAGGCGGCGCAAAGCUGUGAAGAUUAUAGAUGCGGCUGUGAGUGCGCUGGUGGUGUCACUGCUGUUCCACCUCCUCCCAGCCAUGUCGCCCUGCAUCUCCCUCCCUCCUCCCACUGCCUCCGCUCCUGCUGCCCCCCCUGCGUCUCACUCCAGUGCCACGUCCACUGCACACGUGUCACUUUCUCCAACGUGGCAUGCUGCUGAGUUAGCAAGCACAUCUGCCGCACCGGUGAAACCGAGAGCAUCGGCAUCACUAGGAGUGUUGGUCCCUCGGUACGACUGCCCUGCCGGGCACUACAACGAGCUCGCCACACUGCUGCUGCGCGGGGAGGAGGGCGCCGUCAAGCACCUCAUGGGCGACACUGCCAGCACCACCGCCACCGGGGAGGCCAUCACCGCACGGGUCUUCCCAGCAGGCGUGGUGGGCGUGUUCCUCAUCGCCUACUCGCUGCUAGCGGCGUCCAUAUCAGGCCUGGCGGUGCCCAGCGGGCAGUUCAUCCCCCAGCUGCUCUACGGGGCGGCACUGGGGCGGCUGUACGGCAUGGCGCUGCAUGCUGCGCUGCCGGAGCAGUUUGCGCAGCCCAGCAUCUAUGCGCACGUGGGGUCUGCUGCGUGCCUGGCGGGGUACACCCACCUCACCAUCUCGCUUGCUGUGAGUGCUGCGGGCGGUAGUGCACUGGUGAUGCUAAUGGAGGCAUCAGGAGACAUCAGCCUUCUGCUUCCCAUCCUCUGUGGGUAUGUGCACCCAUCUCUAGACACGCACCGCUAUGUACCGUGUAGCACCUUCAUAGGGGUGGCCAAGGCAGUGGCGCAGCUGUUAGGCCGCAGCUACGACGAGGUGCUGCUGUCAAUCAAGAAGAUUCCUUUCCUUCAAGACAAGCCCCACGCGCGCCACCAGGGCUUGCUGGCGCGGCACCUCAUGGACCGCCACGUGGCACAGCUGCGGGAGAUGGAGACGCCGUCGCUUGUGCGGGCGGCAUUGAUCGGCUGCUUGUCGCCGGCGCUGAUGGUGGUGGAUGUGGAGGGCGGGCUGAAAGGGGUGAUUGCAGGAGCCCCCGCAGGCAGUGCUGAUGGCAGGAGGUGGCAGCUGGGCAGUGCUGGCAGCCACAGCCCUCUUCCCCCUCGCCCGCCUGUUUUCGUUGCCUCCCCUCCCGCGCCUGCGCCUGCUGCUGCUGUUGCCGUUGCUGCACCAUAUGCUCCAGCGCCUGUGCCGGCUGCUGCUGCUGCUGAUACCGCGGCUGAUGCUUGUGCCACAUCGACGCAGAACGAGCUUGAGGAGGGAUGGAGGAAAAGUUUUGAAGUUGGAGGAGGGGGAAAAGAGACACAGGACGCCAGGGAGAGGGUAGAUGGGGAGGAGAGGGAGUUGGGGGGCGCGGAGAGCAGCAUUAGGGCAGAAAGGCCGGUGGUGGGAGGGGAGGAGGCGGAGAGCAGCAGGGGGGCGGUGGGAGCGGUGGUGGGAGGGGGCGAGGCGGAGGUGCUAUUAGAUGUGACGGCCAUCAUGGACCCCUUCCCCUUCCACGUGCCCCUCUGCAUGCCCAUCCUCCGCGUCUUCCCCCUCAUGCGCAAGCUCAACCUGACGUACGUGUGUGUGGUGGACAGCACAGGCCAGCCGGCGGGGCUAAUAACCCGAGCCCACCUGAUAGACGCCAAGCCAGUGCACGCCAGCGUCACCACGUGGGGUCACUUCGGCCUGCCCUCCUUCCGCCUCUCCCGCCGCUUCUCCUCCUCCCGCCCCUCUGUCGCCUCCCUCACCCCAGAAGCCACCCAAGCCGCCCGCGACCGUGCCGCCCGCAUCCUUGCAGCUCUAGACCCAGAUGCUCUGGCAAUGGGGGAUACGGUGCAGCAGCAGGCAGAGGCGACUGAGAGGGUGAAUCUGGCGUCCAUGCUGGCUGCUAUGGACUCUGUACGGCACUUGUACCUGCAACCAGGCUCCGAGCUUGAUUCUGGGAGGAUGGCAGGACAUGGGGAGGGGAUGAAUGGGCAGGAGGGGAGUGGUGUGGAGGGGGGAGUGGACGGGGAGGAGGGAGGGAAGGGGAGGGAGCGAGGGGAGAGGGAGCGGGGGGAGAGGCGAGGGGCGAGGGAGGGGCAGCGGAGGUGGGCAGGGAGGGUGUCUCCGAGGGAGAGGUGGAGGAAGGCGGUGAGGCUGGUGCUGGAGAGCCUGCGAGCCCAGGCUGCAGCGGCUGCCCUGGCUGCUGCCGCCCGCUCCAAUCGUCUCGCUCUGCUGCCCGCUGCUGCUGGUGCUGGUGCUGUUGCUGUUUCGGGCAGUCGGAGGGAUGGUGGUGGUGCUGCAGGAGCGAGGGAAGCAGGCGGGUCAGAGCGCAAGGGAGGGAAGGACGUGGAAGGAAUGGGGAAGCAGGAGAAAGCAGGUGAAGAGAGAAGAGGGCCGCCGGCAAAGCAUGUGCAUUGGGGGGAGGAGGGGAUGGGAGGGAGGGUGGGCCCGAGCAUAGGUGAUGAUGGUGGGAUGGGUGGGGAUGAAGGUGCGGAAGGGGACGUGCUGGUGGUGAGGGAGGAUGCAGGCGAGGGAGAGGAGGAGCGGGAGUGA